GCGCUGGUAAAACCACUGAGCGUAGCAAUCGUUGUUGUGUACCUUCUUGACAGGUUUGCUGAUGAUAGCUUGAGGGUUCUCAAGAUGCACGAAAGGAACAUACAAACGCGCCGUAGUGAAAGGCAUUUACGUACCAUCGAUGGUAGGUUCAAGAGUAUUAACAACAGCUCCCCAAGCAACACUAAAUCCAGCAGAUGCGGCAAGCACACCACUCAUCGGAUUACCGGUAGCAGAAGCGGCAAUCAUGACCGGACAACUAUUACCAGACGAUAG